AGCAAUUUGCAAAUUUGUUUUAUUUUUCUUCUUCAAACUGUAAUGGUUUUCCAGUGUUGUACACGUUCAUUUCAUUCUAUUUUGCAGUAGUUAUACAAAACUCUAUUUAUUUUAUUUGUUGUUAAUACUUUCUUCGUAAUCUAAUCAGCCACCACCACCGCCCAUAAACAAUGUUGAAAAUCUAAGCGACUAAAACUAAAUACAAAAUUUAGCGCAAACAAUUAUUGUAGGUGGUGGCCACCUCUUCUAUCAGAACGCUCAUAAGAAACAUCCAUAAAAUGGACAACGAAAAUGAGGUUUUGUGCGAAAAAAUCAUCAACGAAAUUAAUGCAGUUUUUAUCAAGGAUCCCGAUUUGUGUUCCUUCGAAAUAAUUCCUACAAUUUUGAAUCAAAAUAAAUCGCCCGUUAUCCAUGUAGAUCACAAUCUGGGCCUUGAAUCGUGGUGUGCCAAGCAUGUCUAUGAUUUUGCGCACAAAACUAUAAUUUCGUUGAAACUUUCGAAUCGCCAUCUUUAUAAUAACGAUACAAUCAUUAAGUAUAUUAAUAUUGCGCUUUUAAUUAACCCAGAUGUGACAUCGUUUUGGCACAUCCGGCGUCAACUGAUCCAGAAGAACAAACUCAAAGUGCACAAAGAGUUUCAGUAUUCCGCGCUUGUUUUGAGCAAAAAACCAAAAUCUAGUGAAGCUUUUGCCUAUCGACGAUGGCUGUUUUCAUUUCAAAGUAUCGAAUCAAUUGAUUGGCCAAUGGAAAUUGGUAUUUGCGAUCGAUGUGCAGAUAAAAGUUCGAGCAACUAUCACGCAUGGUCCCAUCGACAAUGGGUAUUGCAAAAGGAACCGCAACUCCUAAAGACCGAGAUUAUGCUAACUGAAAAGUUUAUGCGCAAACAUAUAAGUGACUAUAGUUGCUAUCAAUAUCGACAAGUAGUUCUGUAUAAGCUUUUCGAAGUAAGUUAUUACGACAGCGAUGAAAUCACCAACAACCUUAAUUACAUAAGGGACCUUAUAAAUUUUUAUCUCAUUGACGGAGUACAAUCAGCAGAAAAUAUUGUUAGCACAUUACUGCCAGGAAGCGAUUUACAGGCAAUGGGCGAAGACAAGGUGAAGUCGUUUCUCUUCUGCUGCAAUCUAGCUGCCUACGAUAUAAAAUUCUGUGAUGACCAGAAAAAUAUGUUCGGGACACGCGAAUCAUUUGAAAAUCAUCGCCGUGCGAUGCUUAAAUUUAUCGUUGAUCAUUGCGUCAAAUUAAAUAGCACAAGUGACUUUUAUCAGCAACCGCUUUCCAAAGUCUCAAAAUACGAUUAUUCGUCAAAUGCAUUUUUGUCAGCUUUAAAAAAGUCAGAAGGCUUAAUGGGCGAACGCCACCGACGAUGGUGUAACCUGUUCCUAGGCUUUGACUAUGCUAAUUGAUAUUCUCUCUUUUUCUCUCUUCUUUUUUUAUUCCUUUUACAUUACAGCUGUAUUACAAUCUUUUCUUCCACAAGUCUUUUACUAUUAAUUAAACAAAUAAAAGUAAAUAACAGUUACAAAGCAAUAAUGUUAGUUACACCUCUGCGAAAUACUUUUCUAUUUUGUUUUUGUUAAAUUAACUUUUCAUUGCCAACUUUGCAAAAUAUGUAAUAUUCUUUAAGUAGACAAAUUUGUAGAUUAUAUUUUAAUGAUAAAAGAAAACAGAAUUUGCACGUUAUUUUAAAUAACGGAUAUUACCUCGUAUAUAUUAUAAUAAAGCUAAAAAUGUUAUUUAAAAGUAAAAGUAAAAUAUAAAAUAAAUAAAUGAGUUAUGUUAUUAAAUCAAGCGAUAUAUUAA